AUGGCUGUUGGUGCGACUGCCAGAUUGAGGAGGGAAGACUGUAAGAGAACCAAACACGACUCCAACUUCUGCAAAUGGCAGCUUCUCAUCGGCCCUUCUGAUUGGCAAGACUAUGUCUUGGGGAUGGAAGGAGCGUCUCGAUAUAGGGUUCACAAUCUUCCUACUACUUCUGGUCCGGGACUAUACGAGCUUGGUAUUGUUGUUUCUCGUUCUAGGCUUUCGGGCCGUGAUGUUGGCAAGCUUGUCCCAGAUGACAUAAUGGUGGUUUACCUUGGGCAAACUGACAAUGUCAGAACCCGACUCCAGCAAUACGGCCGUUCAGGUGCCCAUUUGGGUAAUACUUACUCAACUGCUAAUGGGAAUGAUUCUAAAGAUGAUUCUCUUCAAAAAGGGCUAGGUUUAUUUGAGGAGAUAUUCUCAAGAGGCCACUCCAUUGUGUUUAGAUGGGCUUCUAUGAAAUAUAAGAGUGAUGCUGAGAAAACGGAAGGUCAGCUGCUUGACAAGUUUGAUUAUGCAUGGAAUAAAGGUAGUAAUGGUGCACGCCGUCCCAGUGAUAUCCUUCAGAAGCUCAAUAAAAUUAGUUCAAGCACUACCAAACUUCCAAAUAUUUUCCAAAGGCUUCCAUUUUCCAGUCACCGCGAAGCAGGUAUUAAAAUCAAAGCGAGCACGCCUCUUUCACCAGAAAACUGCACUGGUUUUGGCGAUGAGGGCACCCAAAGUUUCUUCUCUGGAAUUUUUAAGAUCAGCAGAUCACAGCCUAGAUUGGUUACAGAUAAAUAUGGCAUUAAUGAGGACUUCAUUCAUAUAUGUGGAUACAUCAUGAUUGAUGGUAUACCUUGUAGAAGGCCACCAGUUCCAGGGAGAAAGAGAUGCGAGGAGCACAAAGGGAGGAGAGUUUAUGGAUCCAGUUACAAAUCCAUCAAAGAAGGAAAUUUACAUUAUCCACAUGGUGCAAAUCUAGAUUCCAGAACUCUCAAUGACCAAGAACAUGAAACUGCAUGUGGGGUGAAUUUAGGUGAUGGGACUUUUUGUAGGAGGCGAGCUGUGGCAGGAAGGAAAAGAUGCAAAGAGCACAAAGGGAUGCGCGUUAAAACUUCCAACUCAGAGCCAGCAGCAGAAGACAAAAUCCAUAUGCCUGCCCUCAGUUCAGUAUUCAGUUCUUUUGCUGACAGCAUAAACAACAAUGCCUCAUCAAAACAUAAGGUAGACAAUACCUGGCAAUGUGGGUCUUCAAACAAUCCCGUGAAGGAACAUUUUCCUGAUAUUUGUGGAGUAACGUUGGGGAAUGGUUCAUUCUGCAGAAGGCAACCCGUUCAAAACAACAAAAGAUGUUGGCAGCACAAAGGCAAGAGGGUUGAUUGUGCCUUGUCUAAGGCCCCUGCUCAUGGGAGGAAGAGAUGUGAGCAGUUUAAAAGGAAGAGAGUCUCCACACCCUUCACUCCCGAGAGUGCUUUCAUACUUCCAUUUCCACGAGACUCACUCCUUACUUUAGAGGAUUUGAAACUCCAAAAAGAUUUAUUAGAACAAACCAAUGCACCAUUGACCCCACGAACACUAGCAUUGCGAGCAAACCAAGCCACCCUAUCCAGGGGAAUAAUAAAACAUCCAGUGGUUGCGAACUAUGUGUCUAUUUUACAUCAUGUUACAACUGGAGGAACAAGGAAAGCUUGUGGGGAUCGACAAUCCAAUACCGGAGAUGAGGGUUGA